UCUCUCACCCUGAGCGCUGGAAGGAGCAGCGAGGAGGGAGCAGAGUUGAUCAGGAGGUGCCAGUUUUUACUCUCCGGUCUUCUUUUUUUUUUUACCUCUCCCCCUGGCUCUUCUACACGGGGGGUCAGCUGGACUUCUCUGCAAAAAAAAAAAAAAACAACCCCUGGUGAUCAGCAUCCACUGGCCAGACUGAGAAAUAGAAACCUGCACGUCAAGGAGAGAAGAGUAAAAAGUGAGAAAACUGCAGUAAAUGGCUCUGGCUGCAAGGAGGGAGAAGUUUCACUGAAAAUCUACAACUGAGAGCUUCUAAAAGGACGCCACACACAGCCAGACAGAACCAGGAAAAGAAGUGCAUUUGUGAAGAAGUCUUUUCUCUGGGCUUAACAAUGGGAGACCGAUUGCAUCCUCCAAGCGCCUUGCUCCCUGUGGCCCUCUGCAUCUUGACCCUGCUGCCCCACAGCCUUCUGGGUAAGCCCGCAGAGGAGGGAAACACAGGCAGCUCAGCACUGCUCCAGAGGGUGAAGAGAGGCUGGGUGUGGAACCAGUUCUUUGUCCUGGAGGAGUACACCGGACUGGAACCGCUUUACAUCGGAAAGCUCCACUCAGACAUGGAUAAAGGCGACGGCUCUAUUAAGUACAUCCUGACGGGCGAGGGCGCCGGCACCACCUUCACCAUCGACGACAGCACGGGGGACAUCCACGCCAUCCAGAGGCUGGACCGGGAGGUGAAGGCCCAGUACGUCCUCCGCGCCCAGGCCCGCAACCGCCUGACGGACAGGCCUCUGGAGCCCGAGUCCCAGUUCAUCGUGAAGAUCCAGGACAUCAACGACAACGAGCCGAGGUUUCUGGACGGGCCGUACCAGGCGUCUGUACCCGAAAUGUCCAAAAUAGGAACAUCUGUGAUCCAGCUGACGGCUACUGAUGCAGACGACCCCACCUAUGGAAACAGCGCCCGCGUGGUCUACAGCAUCCUGGACGGCCAGCCGUACUUCUCGGUGGACGCCAAGACCGGCGUGGUCCGUGUGUCCCUGGCGGACAUGGACCGGGAGACCAGGGAAAACUACACUGUGGUCAUCCAGGCCAAGGACAUGGGGGGCCAGCUGGGGGGGCUGGCCGGCACCACCACCAUCAACAUCACGCUCCAGGACAUCAACGACAACCCGCCCAUGUUUGACCAGAGGCUGUAUCAGAUGAGCAUCCCCGAGUCGGCUCCUGUGGGCUCGGUGGUGGGUCGCAUCUGGGCGAAGGACAGGGACAUCGGGGUCAACGCCGAGAUGAAGUACAGCAUCAUCGACGGAGACGGGAGGGACACCUUCGACAUCAGCACCGACCCGACCAACCUCUUUGGCAUCAUCACAGUGAAAAAGCCGCUGAACUUUGAGGGCAAGCCCAGCUACACUCUGAAGGUGGAGGGCGCCAACACCCACCUGGACCCCGCCCUCCGCCACCGCGGGCCCUUCAAGGACGUCACCAUCGUGCACGUGAGCGUGGAGGACGUGGACGAGCCCCCGAUGUUCGACUCGGUGGCGUACUACAUCGAGCUGCCAGAGGACGCAGAGAUCGGGACACUGGUGAGGACAGUGUCGGCCCGCGACCCCGACGCUGCCAACAACACUGUGAGGUAUUCCAUCGAGAGGUCCAGCGACCCGGAGAAGUUCUUCUACAUCGACAUCACUUCCGGUUCGCUGAUGACGGUGCGCAAGCUGGACCGGGAGGAGAUCGGCUGGCACAACAUCACAGUGCUCGCCAUGGAGAUGAAUAACCCCACACAGAUCUCCAGUGUGUCGGUGGCUGUGAGGGUCAUCGACGUGAACGACAACUCCCCCUCGCUGGCGCCCUACUUGGAGGCGUACGUGUGUGAAAACGCCAAAGCGGGACAGCUGAUCCAGACGGUGACGGCAGUGGAUCCAGACGAGCCGCUGGGGGGACAACACUUCUACUACAGCCUGGCCCCCGAGGCCGCCAACAACCCCAACUUCACCCUCAGAGACAACCAAGACAACACAGCAUGGAUCCUGACGCGGCGAGGAGGCUGGUCGCAGCAGGACCAGACCGUCUUCUACUUGCCCAUCUUCAUCUCUGACGGCGAGCAGCCGGUCCAGACCAGCACCAGCACGCUGACCAUCCGCGUGUGCAGCUGCGACCAGGAGGGCAACGUCAUGUCGUGCAACGCAGAGGCGUUCAGCCUGCCGGCGAGCCUCAGCAGAGGGGCGCUCAUCGCCAUCCUGGCCUGCAUCUUCGUCCUGCUGGUGAUGAUCCUGCUGAUGCUCUCGCUGCGCACGCAUCGGAAGAAGCCUUACCUGUGCGACGAGGAGGAGAACGUCCACGAGAACAUUGUGCGCUACGACGACGAGGGCGGCGGCGAGGAGGACACCGAGGCCUUCGACAUCGCCGCCAUGUGGAACCCGCGGGAGGCGCACCACCACCUGGGCAAGAUGAGGCAGGACAUGCUGCCGGAGAUCGAGAGCCUGUCGCGCUACGUCCCCCAGGCGUGUGUCAUGGGCGGCGGCGGGGACAGCAACGUGCACGGAUACGUGCUGGCGAAGCUCCUGGACGCCGACAUGGACCCGUGCGCUCCUCCGUACGACUCCCUGCAGACCUACGCCUACGAGGGCGAAGGCUCGGUGGCCGAGUCGCUCAGCUCGCUCCAGUCGGGGACUUCCAACACGGACCACGAGUACGACUAUCUCAACGACUGGGGGCCCCGCUUUAAAAAACUGGCGGAGAUGUACGGCGUGCUGGAGACAAACACUCCUCAGAUGUGGUAGAACAGCAGCACCUUUGCCUUUUUAAAUCAGAGAUAAAAGACACCGACUAAAAGAAAGACAGAAACACCAACAGACGAAGCGUGUGCACAAUAAAAGCCAGGACGUGCUUACCACCACAUCCGUGACUGUUAGCACUUGAAUUCCUGCCGAAGCCUCGAUUCUCCACAGCCUUGAAGGCCUGAGAUGCCUGCAGCAGCAGCAGCAGCAGCAGUGUGAGCUGGUUUUAAAUCUCCCCCAGAGACUGAGGCUGGAUUGGCAGCCUUGCCAGGCCCCGCUAAAGGAACGGCUUCAAAGCACAUGUUAACUCCGCUGCCCGACCCAGCCACAGGCAGAGCCCCUUUGGUUCAAAGUGCUGAGCGACUUUAUGCCAGAGAUGAAAACGAGACAGACCUUAUACUCACAGCUACACAGGAGACACAAUCUGAAAUGAUCCACUGAGUUUUAGCGGGGGAAUGAAGAAGUGAUUGCUGCAACCGGAGAUGUCUUCUUCUUCUUCUUUUUUUGUUGUUUCAUCCGUGGCAGGUCUUAAUUUAUUCCUUUGUUUCAUGUGCUGUAUUUAUAUUUUUUUGCUUAACUUAUUCGGGUACUUCAAAAAGCAACACUGUACUUAAAACUGCCGCUAUGUGAGGAAAGUCUUUAAAAGAUCACGUAUAUGUUGUAACAUACAUGAUGUAAAAGCUCUUGUUUUCAGUCUGUGAUGACGAGUUUCUCAUACAGGAUCAUCUCAAUACAUUAGAAUAUGAUGGAAAAGUCCAUUUUCAUUAGUUCAAGUCAAACAGCCCGAACCAGGUAUUGAGUCAUAUAGAUCGAGAUACUUUUCAGAGGCCAAAAUUUCCAUAUUAAACAUACUUUGAGACACUGAAUUUCAGGUCUUCAUUAAAUGUAAGCUAUAAUCAUUAUAAUUAGAAGAAAUUGAAUAAAUUAAGACAGAAGAAAAUGUUUUAUUCUGUGUGUAAUGGAUCUAUAUAACGUGUUAUUUCCACUUUUUGAAUUGAAUUACUGACAUAAAUAAAGUAUUCUAUGAUAUUCUAAUUUAUUGAGAUGCACCUGUACAUCUCUAAAUGUCGCAUGACGCGCAGAGGAGAUGGCGAUGCUGUAAUCCCUUGUGGAGGUUGAUAUGUUUAUUGUAUUAUUGUUUUUGUAUAAUUUUUGGAGCUAUUUGUAAUGUAACAGUUUGUUUUUAUCCCAAAAACAUACAUAAAGCAGUCCAUUCACGAGGAUACGAGGGAAGCUAUUUUUGGAUGGUGGUUUUAAUGUCACUCAAGAUGUGAAAGUUGUGCACAUUAACCCCCGAAUCUGGACGAGCACAUGACCGAGUCGCCUUUCAUUUCGGAUCCACCAACCGUGCCAAGUCCGCCACGGCAACGAGGUUUCAUCCGUCCCCCGUUUAGAGACGCUGUGUUGCUCUUCUGCCGCCACACAAAUGUGGCUUAAUCCUCCAAUCCUGUGGACUUCAGAGACAUUGAUAAUCUGCAUUAAGUGCCAAAUGUAAAAAAAAAAAAAAAAAGAAGGAAAAAAAGGACAAUAAGACAUUUUGGAUGAAAUCAGCAAAACACAAACACCAAAACAUGCAUAAAGGAUUUUACAAACUGGGAAGGAAAGUGACUUUUGAUAAUUUGAUUGGGUGACGUUUACUUGAAAUCUAUGUGGUCAGUCCAGUCAGUCAUGCUGCAGUAAGUGGUAUGUGAAUGUAGAUAUUUUUUGUAUUCUUGGUAAUAAAAAGGAAAAAAAUAA